UGAGCAGUAGUUGUACGACAACAGAAAUGUUUUGAAGCAACCUAGUACAACAGCCCCGCCCAAGAUAAUGGAUGCAGUGCACCAAGAUCCUCCGGGACUUUUUGCCGACCAGCAACAGAAACUGCAGCUACCCACCAGCGCCAGCUCUUCGUCCGGGCAGCAGCUUCAACAUGGUCUAACCUCAGCAACAGUGCGUGGGCCAGGAGCAACAGGAUCACCCCUCGCAAGGACUUCAGCGUCCUCGCGUCCAUCUCACCAUUUAGAGCUUCCAAGCGCCGGCAUGGAGACGGAGGUUUGUGAGAUCGCCGUGCACUUGAAAGACUUUCGUAACGUCGAUCUGUUUCAUCAGGGCCUGUACCGUGUGCAUGUCCAAGUCUACUACGAACGGUAUUUGCGGCAGCACUUUGGUGAUCAUGGUGACAGCUACACCAGUUAUGGCACAGGGAGCAGGAGCGGUGGAAUAUUAAAUAGCGCUGACUCAUCAUCAACAGCAUUUUCUGCCACUGCUGGGACGAGCGGAGGUAAUAAUUACGCCGGUAAUAAUUAUGCCAACUUUGGAGGAACAUCAAGUACGAAGAACUACAACGAAAUCACGCACGAUAUUCUGGAUGAGUCGAACGCGGAUGCGGAUAAGGUUUUGACACUGGUCAAUUACGCUUCGGUGACGAAGUUGCUGAAUUUGGUAUCAAAUGUAAAAGUGUCUGGGUCUGGAAGAUUGCAACUUGUCAUGCUAAAUCUGCAGCAUGCAAAAAUCUGUGUUGCGUGAUUACCAAAAGUCGUCCAGUUUUGACCAAGUCGGGAGGUAGUUUCUCAUGCAGGAUAGGCAUUAGAAAGGUCUCGCAGAGUCUGUCAUGCUAGGUCCUGCAUUCCAGACCUUAUGGGUCAUGGAAAAGCAGCAUCACAAAUCGCGCAUUCUUCCAGACCCAGACAUUUUUGAAUUUGAUAUUUGGAGAAUCUAAACAACUCUGCCGACGACUCGGACGAGCAGUCCAACGAGGAGGAAGUGCUGGAAAUUUCCAAUCUGAUCCCGUCAACGGUUUUCCAAAACACCGAGCACAACUAUGGGACGUACUUGUCGAAGGCGUUUUUGAUUCGCUACUGCGAAGAAGAAGUCGAGUUAAACGAGGGGGCGGUGUUUCGCCUCGAACUACCCGCGAAUGUUGAUCCACCUGAGCAGGGUCGUCGUGCUGCUGAUUGUACUAGUCCUCGGGGGAGCAAGCCGCCCACAGCUGGUGGUGCUGGAAAAGGUACUGGUGCUGGGGAAAGAACCACGACCAACACUGGAGAGCAGGACAACGUGAGGAACAGGCAAGGGAACUACAACAGUCGUGGGGCUGCAGAGGAUGUUGAACACCCGCGUUCUUCCUCAUCUUCAUCUUCCCCAGCUGCACGACCUUCUACAUCCACCGCCACGUACCCGAUUUCGAUCGAGAUUGAGCUUCUUUUCGCGGACCUGACCACGCUCGGCGGGCCGGAGGCGGCGGCGGAAAUGCGGAUCGACCCUGACCUGAUCGAAUUUCAGUCGGUGUCCAGGCGAAAGCUGAAGUUGAACUGGAACUCCGCGACCAAUUUUCCGGAAUUUGUGCCGGUUUUGUUUGACGAGUUCCAUUUUUCCCUGCUCCGCUUGCAUUUCUUCACCGCCACCGUGGACGUGCGGAAACGGCUGCGGAACGGCUUCGGUCUGGUCAUUGAGGAGGACGAAAGUGCCGAGAACGCGUCCAAUUUCAAGAACUUCCUCGGCAAUGCGGGCCAGGACAAACUCUUCUCUGACGGGGAAAUUUGCGACGCACUGAGCGUCGCGGUUGCAGCGGGUGGUGGUGGUAGUGGUGGUAAUGGACAGAAUACAACAAUUAGAGCCGGCACUGCUAGUAGCAGCGCUGAACAUUCCACAACUUCAGGUACAACUACCGCCGACACAACAAGAACCUUCUCUGCGCAGCUCAGUAGAGAAAAGUUGAUCCUGGAGAGCGCGCUGCAGCACUUGGAGCAGGUGUCGCACCGGUUACUUGGAACAACUUCUACCGCGACAAGAAACGGAGGUUCAUCUUCUUCCUCCUCCAAAGGCCGAAAUUUUCUGAACGUGAACAACCAGCGGACUCUGUCCCUCGGGUCGACAGCGAGUGCCCAAAACCGCGGCGAGCAAUUGGUAAAUCUGAUGCGGGUGAAGAGCACAGCAGCGGACUCCUCCCUCGCGUCGGGCGCCAGCUUAACGCUGAACUCAUCCCCAUCUGCGGGGGGGACCAGUGGGACGACGAGCAGUUCUCUAUUUCGUGUGGAAAAUCAUCGCGAGAUUUUUGACCACCAUAUUCCGGACGAACAGCACAAUUUGACGUUUUCCAGCCAGGAGGAGGAGGAGGACCGACAAUUUUACAAUGGUGGUGGUACUAGUACUCAUUCUAGGCAGCAAGAAGAACAUGAUGUUGAUGGAAAUGCGAGAGGAACGCAGCGAGCAUUAGCGGCGAAGAGGAGAAAAGAGGACCUUUAUUACAAUGAAAAAUGCCCCCACCCCCGAACUUGAAAGCAUUUGUAUUGCAAAUCUUUCCAAAUGAAACAUUCGCCCUCUUGCGUGUAUCAGCAUCACAGAUUUCCGAUCGUGAAUAGCAAAAAUUUGUAUUGCAAAAGAUCCCAGCAAGAGCGGCGCUUGUCAUGCAAGCGAUGCGAAACACGACUAGAAUCUGCAUCAGAAAGAUUCGUACUCCUUUCAUGCAUGACAAAAAGCUUUCAUUUGGAAACUUCGCAUCACAGAUUCUUGCAAUUUCAGGGGUGGGGGGCAUUUUUCACUGUGAUAACCUUGUCGAGCUGGAUGCGCUCCGACAGAAACUGUCGACGCUUUGGUACUAUCCAAUGCAAAAGCAGCGUGAGCGUGCUUGUAGUGCUUCAGCUUCUUGCAGUUUUGCAUGACAAGUCUCAUUCUCUAGUACCUGAUCCAGCAUGACAAACUGCAUGUUUCUGGUUGACAAAAUUUGUAUUGCAGAUCAUGCUAGGCGCGCUGCUUUUGCAAUGCAUAUAUACGACCAUUUUUUGUCCAAAGUGCCGCACUAUAAUUACAAGAUCUUCAGCUUUCUCCAGACCAUCCAUGCGGCGAACAUUCGAAAAUUCUUAUUGAGAGGAAAAAUCCCCCCUUCCCAUAUCGAAACGAAGUCUGUGAUUCUGGAUUUGCGUACACAAAUCAGAUUUGUCUUGCUGAACGGGACGGCAGGCCUACAUCAAGCCUGAGUAACGAGGUUUUGGUCUAGGCGCUUAGCAUAAGAAACGUCUGCGCUGUAGGCCAAACCGCAUCACAAUCCGCCUCCAUAAUGCGGGGGAGCCUGUGGAAUUGCUGCCUUGCAAGACAGAGAUGAUUUGUGGUCGCAAAUCAGCAUAAUACAAAUUUUCUGCGACGUACCUUUUCGAUAUGGGGAGGGGUGAUUUUUCUUUACGAUAAUUCUGGGCCAAUCGCGUCUUUCGGGAGGACGUGGAAAUCUUCGGAGAAAGUGGUUUAGAUAGGGCAUCAACAUCUUCAUCAAGCGGGAAGAAGGCGGGGAAUUCUAUUAACGACAACGGCGAAAACUUGGUCUUGGAUGACCGCCAAGACAGAAAUCUUCGUUCGACAUGCAGCAGCCCGGCAAGAAGAGCCGCAAAAUUGGAGCUGUGGCACGUGCGACCCAGCGCCUUAGAUGACGAGACCGAGGCGGAAAGUUUCGUGGAGCAAAAGCGGCAACAGUUGGCGCAGAGGGACCCCGCAGUGCCGUCGGAGUUCCAAAUUGACGACUUGUCGUUUUCGAAUUCACUGGGACACCCACUGAUUUUUGAGCAGAGGUACUACUUGGAGAGCAUGAUAGCUGCAAGAUGCACUAAGAACUAAGACAUGAUGACGAUUUUUGCCCGAGGUAGUAGCUCUACUUAAACCCGAGCUGCCCGUAGUUUGCGACUGCGAACCAAUGAAGUUUGUUGAAGAAGGAAAAAUGGCACGUGCAUCAAAUAACCUCUUCAGGUAUUACCGGCAAACGAGAAGCAGCAGUCUCUUGCAGCGGGCAGCGAACGGUCAAGACGGUGGUCGCGCAUUGCAAGAUCCUGCGUCUAGAAAAAUGUUAAACGCCCACUCGGACGAAUCCGAAACCGAAACUAGUAUGCGAAAUAAAAUUAUUUCUUCUAGCGACUGCAAUAAUACCAUCGACGACCACAGCGUGACUCAAGUGAUCCAGCACGGGCACGGGGGCAACAUGAUGACUGCGUCCUCCUCCUCCUCUGCGUCCGUGGUGCGAACGCCAGUGGUGAAAUCCGUGAGUUCUCCGAUCACCUUUGACCAUGGAAAGAAUCGGUCGCUCACAAGUUUGGCCAGCCCCGCGAGGACGGAUUUUCUCUUCACGCACAACACGACAACGACCUCCAGCAACAACUCGACUCCGGCCGCGGCGAAUAAUACUAGAAGUACUAAAAACUACAGCACGGCGCCGAGUGCUGCUGGUGCUUCGUACAGCCACAUUCAUAAUCCAGCUGCCGUCACGACAAUACCGGAAGCUACAAGUAGUGCAGCAAAAGUAGACGAAAGAACUUCUAGUACAACACCAGCAGCAGCAGAAGUUCUUUCGGAGAUAAUUUCCGCUGACCAGAACACGACCUCUGGGUCCGCCAGACCGAAAAGGAAGGUUGCGCGAGGAGACGGCGGAGAAGAUCAAGUAGUAGACCGGGCAGGACACGCGGCUGAAGAAGAGACGGCACGGGUGGACGGAAGACACGAAGAAGACGCAGGAAGCAUUACAGACCACGCUGCGGCGCGUGAUAAAAACAUCAAUCCUGACAGCGUGGUUCUGGUCGGCGACGGUGCGGCGGGGUCUAGUCGAGUGCGGGGAGCGACGAAACAAAGUGAAGCAGGUGAUACUUUGAAAGACGAGGAAGUUGGGAGUGGGACACAAGCAGUACCAGAUGACUCGGAAGUUGUAGAUCAUGAUCGUACAAGCGGGAAGACCACAAAGUCAAAGAAUGUGGAGCCAGCAACUGCUGCUACUUCCUCAGACCACAGCUUUCUUGGCACGUCUGCGAAGGAAUUGCUUGACGCCAUUUCGACGUCUACAGGAGAGCAGGUUCAAUCUCGUCAGACGACGAAAAGGGUAGUAUCAGACCAGCGAGAAGGAGAAGUUGGUCUCCGAGAGAUGAACAUGUUACAACCUCGUUCACACGAAGACCCAAAACUACUGCAUCAAGACGGCUCCCACCGCGCCGCGGCGCUUCUCGACGACGACUAUGAUCUUCACGGGGGAGCGGUGAAUCUGGAUACCGAAAAGACAUUAAGACAUCAUGGGGACAAGCAAGAAACCGCCUCCUCGUCACGGGUGCAACGCCACGAAAACAUGGUGAGCGAUGCGCUAUUUGUCUCCGCUGACAAUAUCGCACAGCCCGAGAGGAGCACUAGUAGCACGUCCGAAAUGAUGUCCGAAAAGAACACAACCAACUACAGCUUCUCCGACUUCCACUUGCACCACUCGUCCCCCCUCCCGCCCGCGGGUUCGCACUUGAUCGUCCUGGUGCACGGACUCCACGGUAAUCCCUACGAUUUGCGGAUGAUCAAGAACGCCAUCGUGGUGCAGUUUCCGGAGGUGUUCUUCCUCUGUUCGAGCUCGAACGAGGACCAAACCGAGGGAGACAUCAGCGCGAUGGGGGAACGGUUGUUUGAGGAAGUGGACUCGUUCGCCUGCGACAACUGCGGCGGCAUCCCCGACUAUGAGAGUGCAUAACUCCACCCCCUCCCCCUCAUUUGUAUGGCAUGAACAGCAAUACAAACACCAGCACGUGUGGAGCCUAUGCAUGACACAUUUCUGUACCUGAUGUUGAUGUAGUACUGUUUGGGCUUCCGGAAUUUGUCAUGCAAACAGCGCCACAGGGCAGCGACUGGAUUUGGGGUUUUGCAUGGCUGCAAAUAAAGGGGAGGUGGCGUUGUGUACUGUCAUACCGACCGACUAUCCUUCGUCGGGCACAGCAUGGGUGGGUUGAUCAUACGGUCGGCCAUCCCGCUGUUGCGCCACAAGUACGGGAGGUCGUUCCAUUCCUACAUUUCACUGUCGACGAUGCAUCUGGGAUUAAACUACACGGGCCAGAACCGCCUGGUGGAAGCCGGCGUGUGGGUGCUCAAGAAGUGGCGGCAGAGCGAGGCCCUCAGACAACUCAGUCUCUCCGACGAUUACAAUCUGAAAGUCGAUCAUCACUCUAGUAGAGCUACUGAUCGUGGUCAUCUCUUACAGAUGAAUCAUGAUGACGAUGUUGAUGACCUCCAAGAGCAGCAUACUAAAGCAGAAACCGCAAGUAGAAGAAGAAGAACAGGGGAAGGACAACAUCUUCAAGGUAGUUUUUCCGCGUUCUCUAGUAGAAGAAGUACUCCCACCAUGAACAUUUUGCGCAACAGCUUUUUGUACCAGCUCUCCUUGCACAGCAGCCUGGAGCUGUUCAAGCACGUGGUGUUUCUGUCUUCGAAGCAAGACCAAUACAGUCCGUACGAGUCGGCGAGAUGCGAAGUGCCGCCGCCUCCGCCCGGGGUUGAACAAACAGAUAAUUAUACCAGUGCGAGGACAAGCACAAGAGCUCAGCAACAGCAAGCUUCUGGUACGUCAAAUCAUCGGGCGCAUCAAGAUGGUCAAACAAAUGAUCCAGAUCUUUCGAAUGACAUCGACCGCAGAGUAGAUGAUCUCCAGCCGCACCUGGCCAUACCGGUUGGAACGCCACCUACUGCGACUUCUGUCGGCCCAGAUGAACCACGAGUUGUAGAAGAAGAAGACCCCCGGACGGAAAUCGAGCUUUUGACCGAGGAAAUGGCCCGGAAUCUGCUGCAGAAAGUGAAGCCGGAGAAGCUGCUGCGCCUCAACGUGAACUUUUUCAUCGCGGAGCAGUCGCUAGACAGCAUCAUAGGCCGGGCGGCGCACAUACAGUUUUUGGAGAAUCAGACCCUGAUGAAAAUGAUAGUGACGCACUAUCCAUACCUCUUUGCAUGACGCAUUUCUUUUCGAAACAGCGCAUAACGCGUCCGGAAGAUACUUAACUCCGGAAAUACACCAUCGGCGUUGACUCUUCGAGGACCGAGAUUCAAUUUUGCUUCUGUUUAAUGUUUAAGUUUGAUUUUGCUAUUGCUUCUAAAUCUAAUAGCGCGUGCGUCCACAUGGACGUGCAUCAGCAUGUCCUAACGCUAAAAGGGAAAAAAGAUCCUUAUUUUAAACGAUUAUUGUUUUUCGGAAAAUAUGAAAGUACUGUGCUAGGUAGUCGCGCAGCAUUGAAAAUCUCCUGCCUAUCAGCUGUGCUAAUUAGUUAUCUGUAAACUGCAUCAUUUGUAUGCGGGCCUGUUUGAUGAUGAAAUGCUGGUGUCUGCGAAAAGCGAAUGUUGUGAAGAAAAUGGAGAUGAAAUAAUAAGAGAAUGCUUGUCCUCGCGUGCGUUGUUGCCCUCGUACGAAUGGAGAUAGUGAAAAGGAGACAGUGAAAGGCAGACAGUUAAUAUCAAACACUGCCUCGUCUCUAUGAAUGUUUACCGCACUGCUGCUGUUUUCAGUUUCACAGUACUAUGAUCAGGAGGGUAAUUUCAAGCACGUGAAAAUUCGCUCGUGGUGCGAAGUACUAU